AUUGCCUAUUAACAAUACUAAACUUGACUUUUCCACCACACCAUCUGCGAUAAAAGAAAUCCCACCCAUGAAUCAUUCCAAAAAGGGCUUAUCGCAUAUCUCUGGAGAUAAAAGUUAGAAGGCUCUUGCUACCCUUUCAUUCCGAUCAUCCCUAGAAGCUACACCACACCCCCCUUCCUCCCCCCAUUCCUGCUGACUGCGGCCAACUCUCCUCCAAUCACGGAUUCCAUCUUCAUCACACAUCCAUUAUUCGAAGCUAAAGCUUUCAUCAUUCUGAGAGCCUCUACAUUGAUCACGAGGAGAUCUUUUAUUGCAAAGAGAUAUACUAUUCAACUAUAACCCUGUUCGCCGAAGAGGUCAUUGGACACCCCUUUCAACAUUCGCAAGGAAACCAGUCGCAUUAUUUCCACGAGGUCGAUUAACGCACGACAUACCUGCAGACGAAUUAUACUGAGUAGGACAUAAACGGCCGUAUUUUCUUCAACAAAAUACUCCGAACCGAUCACAUCUCUUCGGCCCAUACCCACACCGGUCCUUUCCUCUCACCCAACCAUCUACCUGAAUCUUGAACAUUUACGGCAUCUGCGAAAGGGAAAGGAAUAACAAGGGUUUGGAAAAGGAGCCUUGAUACUAUACAACUGCCGAAAGGUUAAUAGGAUUAAUGCAAUAAUGGCUUCCUCUUCUUUCAGAGAUUCCAUGAAUUCCUUAGGGUGGUCACGUCGCGACCCGGACCUCCCCGUCAACACCGCUCAGCAGACCGGCGGCCUUCUAUCUUCAAUAAAAUCGUUAAAUCCAUUUGGUGAUAGUGGCUAUGUUCGACUGCCCACCACAGAGGGGGCGGGAGCGCCUCUACCUGGUCGAAAUCGACGUGAAGAGGAAGAAGGAUGGUUUGUCCGUAAGUCAACCUACCUACCGAACGUUUCCAUUUCCCCACACGUUGCACUGUCCCUGCAUCCGCUGCCAUCUGGUGCGACGUACAUUGGUGGUGUUAAGUGUGGCUUGACUGGCCCUUUCGUAUCACUUCAAAAAUUGAUUAUCUAGAGGGCUGACUAUUCCAUUUUCCCAUAUUUCAGUGAGUAGGUGGGACCGUCUUUUAUUAUUUGCUGGGUUCAAUAUUGGUGCAUUGGCCUGCUUUGUUAUCUGUUUCGUAUUAUUCCCGUACUUGAUUGUUCUUCCAACCAAGUUUGCGAUUCUGUAAGUCUCACUUUCCUUGCUAUUUUAAACUCACACCCUGCAAGCUUGGUCCAAUACGAGUCGAAGAGCUUCCAACUUUUCAACAAUUUCGCCUCCAUGCAACUACCCGUCGGGCAUUGUGUAUGGAGUUUUUAAGUUUGUCGAUCACUCAUGAUACUACUCAAGUAUUAAUGAAUGAUUUGAGAUAUUGAACGAUUACGAAGUUAUGAUUCAUACAUCUACACCCUCAGAACUGACUUGGAGCGUGUGACAACCAGAUGGACUUUAGGUUCAACGUUAUUCCUCGCAUCAUGGGCUGCAAUGAUGGGCCCGUGGACGUACAUUAGCCACCUGAUAUCAGCGCCACGCCUUCCAUUUACCACGACCUAUUUUGGAUCCAUCGGGUUGACCCUAUAUUUCAGUCUAGGUGUAAGCGUUUUCUCCGAAAUAUGAUUCCUCACCAUCUUCUAAUAACAUAUGGCGUGUAGCUUCGAAGCAAGCCGUUGACCUUGAUCUCGGCCAUUAUUCAAAUAAUAUGCUUGACUUGGUAUCUGGUCAGCUAUUUCCCAAUGGGUUCCAGCGGUCUUCGAUUAGCGACAAGUUUCGGAGUCAAUAGAGCAGCUGCGUGGAUGUCAGGAUAAGCUUGUGGAGACGGAUGAGGUAAUCCCUUUGAAUCAGCAAUUUUGUAAAAUAGUGCAUACAGAUACUACUUAUGUCAUGAUAAAUAUGUCGACGACCUUUUUUGUCAGGUUUGUAUUAGUCAAGUGUAUCAAUGUACGUAUCAAAUGAUGUAAAUAAUCUCGGGAGUUAUCCGAAAAUGAGGA